AUGGCAUGUUGUGGUCUAUUUCGGCCAAAAAUAAAAUCAAAAAUUAAAACAAAUAAAAAUAUAACAAAAGAUAAAUUGAAUACAAUUAAUAUGUGGAUAGAAAAUAUUGAAGGUCCUUAUGAAUUAAUUGUUUUACCUUCUAAACCACCUCAUAAACCAAAAAUAUUAACUAAUAUAGAAGAAAUAGCUGAAGCUCAACAAAGUCAACAUCCGACUGAAGUCAGUAUAUCAACUAAUCAAGAUAAAAGAAAUGAAUAUAAUAAUGUAGUAGUUAAUCAAAAAAUGAAAAGUAGAAAACAUAAUUUACAAUAUCUUCCUUCAGAUUUUUCAAUAAAUGAAGAAAUACAUACAAAUAAUAAUGAAUCGAAAUGA